CGCUCAGUACCGCGCGUUCCCCCCGCAGGAGCUGGAGUGCAUGAUGGAGCCCCAGGAGCUGGGCCUGGAGCAGCCGCUGGCCGCCCCCGAGCACGGCCCCGGCGGCGAGGCCGAGCUGCCGGCCGCCGAGAUCUCCCUGACGCUGGUCACCGAGAUCCAGGCCGUGGACAGGAAGGUGGACACCCAGGCCGCGCAGCUGAUGAACCUGGAGGGCAGGAUGAGGAUGGCCGAGACGAAACUGAUCGGCUGCGAGAAAACGGCGGUGGAGUUCGGGAACCAGCUGGAGAGCAAGUGGACGGCGCUGGGCACCCUGAUCCAGGAGUACGGGCAGCUGCAGAAGCGGCUGGAGAACAUGGAGAACCUGCUGAAGAACAGGAAUUUCUGGAUCCUGCGGCUGCCCCCGGGGGCAAAAGGGGAAGUCCCCAAGGUCCCCGUGGCCUUCAACGACGCCUCGUUUAACUUCUCUGAGGAGGAGUGGAAGAGCCUCAACGAGUGGCAGAAGGAGCUCUACAGGCACAUCAUGAAAGGCAACUACGAGGCUGUCAUCUCCAUGGACGCUGCCAUUUCCAAGCCUGAGCUGCUGACACGGAUUGAGCAGGGAGAGGAUCCCAACGCUGAGGAUCAGGAGGACUCUGAGGGAGGAGAGACCCCCACAGACCCCACCACUGAGUUUUUCUUCCCUGGGCCCGAUGACAGCUCGUGGGGUAAAUAUGAAGAGACUCUGGCUGAAAGCCACGAAGGCUCUGAGGAAGAGGAGAGCAUGGAGGUCCCUGGUACAUACGAACAGCCGUGCGAUGAGGAAGGCUCCGAGAGCCUGGAGCUUUCCAGGUCGUUGACAGGAAAGUGGGAAGAGGUUUUCUCCAACCCGGAGGAGGAGAUGCAAUCGAGCAGCAAGAGCCAGAGCGGGUCGGCCCCGCCGCAGCGAACGGCGACGGGCAACGGGCUGAGGCGCUCCGUGCGCCGCGGGAGAGACUUGGCCAGGAAGGAUCCCGAGGAGGCGGCGGCCGACAAGGGGCCCUACAUCUGCUGCGAGUGCGGCCAGAGCUUCCUGGACAAGCAGCUCUUCGCCACCCACCAGAAGGCUCAUGCCAGCGAGGAGGCCUGCACGUCCCUGGAGCGCGGCGAGAGCUUCCGGCAGAAAUCCAAAGCCAAGGGCCAGGGCCCCUCCCGCUCCAAAGCGUCCAAGCGCCCCGACGGGGAGAAGAGCUCGGGCUUCAAGUACGGCUUCGUCAGGCACCAGGUGAACAACAUGGUGGAGAGGCCCUACACCUGCUCCCAGUGCAAGGAGAGCUUCAGCCUGGAGGUGAGUCUGAUCCUGCACCAGAAGCUGCACACGGGGAAGGGCGACGGGCCGCUGACGUGCACCUACUGCGGGAAGGACUUCCGAGACCUCUCCAAGGCCAUCCGCCACCAGCGCAUCCACACCGGGGAGAGGCCCUACCAGUGCACCGAGUGCGGCAAGAGCUUCAUCCGGCGGGACCACCUGCUCAAGCACUGGCGGGUGCACACCGGGGAGACCCCCUACCAGUGCCCCGUCUGCGGGAAGCACUUCCGCUACAAAGAGUCCCUGAAUUGCCACCAGAAAAUCCACUCGCGCAACCCGCGGCCCGGGGAGGAUUCCCAGCACAACCUGGGCUCGGCGGGCACCCAAACCGACCAUUUCUGCGUGAAAAAAGAGACUAAGCAGUAGCCGUGGUGGGGCCGGGGCAGGAGGGCUCGCGGUGACCGUGACGGUCUGGCAGGUGGACGUGCAGCAUGAUGGCAGGUGACUUGUAUCGCAGCUAAUCCAUGUGGUCAUGCUACGAAGCCCGCUUUGGUGAAGCAUCCAAGGAAUUCCUCUUAAAGACUCUGCUCGGCCGGCCCAGGCGGCUCUGGGACCCCGCGGGGUUCCGUGGCGCUCCCACCGCGGCGCAGGCCCCGCGCUCGCUGUUCCCCACGCAGGGUUGGAUUCUGCCCGUAGAGAAUGAUCCCGAGCGGUUCUCUGGGCUCCGUAUUUAGCAGGUGUUCCCCCACCUAUCUUUGUGCAUAUUCAGGAGUGACAAGCUUUCGCUUUCUUUUUUCCACUCGUUUCACUGCAAGGCUGGAAGCGCGAGGAGGGAGGGAGGGAAGGAAGGCGCCGUUCCCGGCCGGCCGCCCGCUCCCGCUGCGUCGCCGCGUCCCCAAAGGCUGCGAGGCCAGGACUGGGAUGAAGGCCAGAGAGAGGCGAGGCAGAGAGAGGCGAUCAGGGCGCGACGUGGGAUUUGUGGAAGGCGGAAAAGCGGAGAGGAGAGCGUGGCAAAGAGCGGGGUGAGAUAAAGCAGGUGCAGGAGAAGGGGCUGAGGACAUUGGAGCAGGAGGAGUCGGGAAGGGCAGCGUGUGGAGGCGUGCUGGGGUCGCUCACACGAGGAGGACACGUCUCCGUGCUUCUGGAGGGUGUCACUGGCACCAGCCGGACUGUGGUUCCCCUCUGGCCCGAGGGAACGGCGCCGCUGGGCUGACACAUGGACUCCUGACAAUGAAGGUGAUUUUAUUUCUAUUUUUUAACUGGGUUUGGUCUCACUCAGGUAAGUCAGACGAGUGAAAGCAGCUUCUCCUAACCCCUGUAAAGAGCUGUUUGGUUUUUAGUUAACCUAGAAGUAGUCUUAUUAUUAUUAAUUAUUAUUAUUAUUAUUAUUAAUUAUGAUGAUGAUAAUACUACAAGGAAAGGUGUGACACUAUAUUUCACAGUUGCUCUAAAACACUUCCAUGUAUGCGAUAACCGCCCGGAGUUUUCCAGCUCUUUGUGUAAAUAUUGGAUGACUUCUGGAGCUGUUGGUGUUGUUCUGAGGUGCCUGUACGUGGUGUCUCUUCGCUCUGUAUCGUCAGCUGCUGGUUCCUGACCGUGUUUUGUAAUAACUUUUGUAAAGUCUGUCAAUACAGUGUUUCCAUUCUGAA